CACACACACACAGACUCCCGGAGCCCACAGUGCAAUAAAUAUGGCAGCCGAGCUAUCAACCUCCAUAAACAUCAAGGAGCCCCGGUGGGACCAGAGCACAUUUAUUGGUCGAGCCAAACAUUUCUUCACCGUCACAGACCCGAGGAACAUCCUCCUGACCAACGAACAACUCUCACAUGCACAUUCAAUCAUCACUGACUACAGAAAAGGCAUCGUCUCGCCGGGUCUGACGGAAGAUGAACUGUGGAGGGCCAAAUAUGUUUUCGACUCGGCCUUUCAUCCCGACACCGAGGAGAAGAUGAUUCUGAUCGGCCGCAUGUCGGCUCAGGUUCCCAUGAACAUGACGAUCACUGGCUGUAUGAUGACGUUUUAUAAGACAACUCCUGCUGUGCUGUUCUGGCAGUGGAUCAAUCAGUCCUUCAAUGCAAUAGUGAACUACACCAACAGGAGCGGUGACGCUCCAAUCACAGUCAGUCAGCUUGGCACCGCUUAUGUCUCUGCUACCACAGGGGCAGUCGCCACCGCUCUAGGACUAAAUGCACUAACAAAGCACGUGUCUCCGCUGAUUGGACGGUUCGUUCCGUUUGCUGCUGUAGCGGCUGCUAACUGUAUCAACAUCCCGCUGAUGAGACAAAGAGAACUUCAACAUGGGAUUCCCAUAACAGACGAAAAUGACAACAGAUUAGGAGAGUCAACAAAAGCUGCUCAGCAGGCUAUCUCUCAGGUCGUGGUCUCCAGGAUCCUCAUGGCUUCUCCAGGAAUGGCCAUCCCUCCGUUUUUAAUGAAUCACCUGGAAAAGAAGGCUUUCCUGAAGAGGUUUCCAUGGAUGAGUGCACCCAUUCAAGUCAGCCUGGUGGGAUUCUGCCUGGUGUUUGCCACUCCUUUGUGCUGCGCAUUGUUCCCUCAGAAGAGCUCCAUGUCCGUCAGCCGCUUGGAGCCAGAGCUGCAGGAGAAAAUCCGGGCCAGCCACCCAGGAGUGGAGCGGGUCUACUUCAACAAAGGGCUAUGAGCGCGCAUCAAACACUGCCAUAGGUCAGCUGCAGACUCGGCCCUCACCGCUCUGACUACUCUCCUCAUUCAGUGUGCCAAAGUUAGGUUUUCUUGUCUUAUUUCCAACAUUCACGUCCAGAUCUUGGGUCUCCCUGUCACAGUCAGUCUCUGUUAAAAAAUAAAUAAAUCAGGGCCAAAUAUUUGCUUCAAUCAAUUUUUUUUUUUUCUUUGCAAAUCGAUUCUUGCACAGGGCUUGAUUAAAUGAUUUAAAGGGGCAGUAUUAUGCCAUUUCAAAGCAUAAUCAAGCAACUGUCACCAUAAGUUGUUAUAGAAAUGCUGCUUAUAUCCAACAUGACUUAAAAGAAAUUUGACAUUACAACUUAAUGCCUGUGUCUCUUUAAGAAGCUCCUGCUCUUGCUCCGCCUUCAGGUAGUCAUUACAACAUUUUUCCAUUAAGCCUUUAACAACAUUUCACACCAGAAUUGCACUGAAUAAGUAGGUCUUACGUUGAGCUUAGUAGAUGCACAGUUCCACCAGGUGUUUUCUAAUUGCUGCUGCUAGUCUGAAGGCAUGAGUGUGGGAGUCGUGGAGAAGGGGUGCUCUGUAAUGCGGAAGCUCGGCUUGCAGACUGCAGCUGGAGGAGCUUUGCAGAAAAGACAUAACUCUGUGAGAGCAAGUGUUUUGUACCGCUAUUCGUGAGAUUAAGAUUCUCAAACAUGCAUGAAAGAAUCAAGGCAACACUCAAAAGUAUGUUGUUGAGAAGGGAAUGACACUAGAACAUGCCGACUUUACUUAGCACUGCCCCUUUAAUGUUCCCCCCCAGCGGGUUUGUUGUGACCUGUGUGAACUUGUUUGAAGUGAACAUUUCUUCUGUGCAGUGUUUAGUUUGGUGACUCGUUGCUCGUUUGAUCCCAUGAAUCACUGUAUUUCAGGUUGGCAGAUAGUUUUUAACCCCCUACAUUGUAACUGGUACAAAACACGCAGGGUUUUUCCUCUUUGUUUUUGCCAAAUUGGUACUGAUGCUUUUUAAAAAUCCAUCUACAAUUGCAACCUCUUGACCCGAGUUCCUUUAGGAAAGUGAUUACGUUAAAACGAGCCUCUCGACAUCUAAUCGUGUAUCUUAAGCUGAUUCUCAAGGGAUCUGCCCUGUAAAAAUGUGAUGUAGCGACAGUUGGUGCCAAUGAUGGGCCAACAUGGUGCUAUUUGCUGUCUUAAUAAUUAAUGUUUAUUAUAUUAGUUAUUCUGCUCGCCAGACACACGCGAACAAACCAUUGCUCAUGUGGAAAUCCCGGAGAAGAUCUUUUGGUUUUACCCAGCCACAUCCUAACAUUUAUUGAGAGUUGCUUAAUUUCUGGUGAACUUUUGCAAACCUGGGGACGUUUGACCACACAAAACAAUUGCAUAGAGGAGCAGAUGGUUACAUAAACGUUUCUUCUCACAAACGUUUUUGUGUUUCAUUCUAAGUAGCACAUAAUUGAGAAGUGGAAGAAAAGAAACGAUGCAUGCUUUUUAAAAUUAUUUUUCAAAUAAAAAUCUGAAAAGCUCGAGCUCACUCAGAUUAGGUGGAGACAUUUCUAAGCGUCAAUUUUCAAGUCUUGCCAUAGAUUCUCAGUUGGCUACCGGUCUGGACUUUGACUGGACCAUUCUGACUAAUUAAUGGGCUUUGAUCCAAAUUGUUUCUCUGUCGCUCAGGCUGAGUGUUUAGGGCCCAGUCACACAUCAUCUACCAGUCUUUUUCUAGACUUGUAGCUCUGUCCACCUUCCCAUCAACUUACAGCAGAUUCCCUGUCACAGCUGAAGAAAGGCUUUUACCCACUGCAUGAUGCUGCCACCACUAUGCUUCAACUUUGAGAGAGGUGCUAGUUUCCUGUCUCACUUAGUGUUAUUGAAGAAGCAACAGAGAACUUCUUAUGUCUUUCUUCUUGCUUCUUUUUUUCUUAAAGGCCAGAUUGGUGAAGUGAACUAGCAACAGUUGCCUUAACAACAGUUGUGGAUCUGCAGCUCCCCCAAAAACCAGCCUAUUAAAUUUCUUCUGUGAUUAAUGCUGUCCCUGCUCGAUCUGUUAGUUUAGCUGGACAGUCGGAUCUUACUCGUUUUGAAGUUGUGCCAUGUUAUUUUCAUUUUCAGAUGGUGGAAAAUGAUGUCGAGAGGACAGUGUUUUAGGAGAUGAUUUCUAACUUAAAGUUUAUUUCAACAUCUCCAAAACGUGGCUUGUCUGCUGUGAGUUUGUUCUUUCUGAUGCUGAACAAACUGAUGUUGGUAAACAUCGGGACUGUAUUUUGUAAUUAAGUGACUCCUUCAGAUUUUAUUCAAGGGUAUCGGAAUAAAGAGGGCUAAAUACAAACACACGGCUCUGUUUUGGGGGUUUUUGUUCAUUAAAAAUGUUUAAGGCCAUGCAUCGUUUUCCUUCCACUUCACGUUUAUGUUCUUAGUGCUGCUCUAUCAGAAUCUCAAUAAAAACCAUUGUAGCUGAUUGAAAACUAGUGUGACUUUUCGCACAUGUAUUUGGGAGUUUAUAUCUACCACUUUCAGGUAUAAAACUGGAGAAAAGAUGCACGAGAGAAGCAUUAAUGAAAUCUGAGAAUUCUUUUCAAGUUAAAACUUUGUGGACAUUUUAACUCGUCAUUUUAUCCUGCUGAGUCUGAGGAAUGUGAAAACUCUGCAGCAGCAGUCUCCAGCUCAGUGUUUUGUCUUUUGUCCAGACUGACAGAUUAAACGCCAACUCUACAGUUACUUGAGCUCAUAGAAUAUCUGAGUUCAAACCUCAAUCAGAUCAAGCAGUUUUUCUCUGGUCUUGUAACUUACUUUUCUCCUGUAUUCAGAUGACAGCUGUGUUUGGGCGCUGUCGGGUGUUUGACCUCUCUUUUUUUCUUCCACAAAAAAUACUAUUGUCAUCAGUGAGCUAUUCUUGUACAAUAUCCAUCGUUAAGCAUGAUUAAAAUCAGGGAUAAGAGACAAAUAAAAGAUUAACUUGACGCCAGAAAACUUACAUGCAAUAUUUAUCCAAACAAAUACAACUUUUGGACUUUAAAAUAAACCUUUAACUAUAUUUCUGAGGACCAGGCAUGCAGUGAGGUUGUUCUCCAUUUACUACAGAUGUUUACAUUCCUAAAUGGCCAUCGAUUCAAUCCUUGUGCAGUCCUUCCCCUUCCUGGUGUUUUAAUGUUUUCUGUGAUCUCCUCACAUAAGUUGUGGUGUGAGUAACUUCACUUUAGACUGUAGGUGUUUUUAGGAGCUGUUCCUGGCUGAUUUGAAGUGAAGGUUAUUCUUGUCUUCAAGGUAACUGAAUGUAGUCCCAGGUGUUAAAAGAUGUGUUGGUUUAGAAAAGCACAAACGAGCAACAAAAUGCAGCACAUUUUUAAGACUUGUUCAUCUUUGAUUGGUGAAUGACAGUUUAAAAAAAACACACACACAAAAAAACUUUCUCCUUUAUUUGAAAUGGAUUAAAGCUGCAUUUCAUCAGAUGGCUCUAUUUAAGUGUUGGAAGUGUAACCCUUAAGUUUCAGCCAAAAGAAGCAUCACAACCAAAGUGAUUCAAAUGGACAUGAGGGUAAAAAGUCAUUCACUGUUUCAUGUGACAAAAACCGUGAUUGUUCUGCAGUAACAUGGGGUGAUGUGAUGUUAACAGUAUCUGGGUGAAAUAAAGGUAAUUUAAUCUGUU